UUUUUGUGACCGCAGUGAGACAGGAUUGGUCAAAUGUAAUACCCAUUCACCCGAACAAAACACUCUUAUAAACAAAGUGAUUUCUAGAACUCUGCCAGGAGAAAUGCGUGUCAUAGUUAGUGAUAACAUUUCUAAUGUCGGCGAUAUCGGGCAUUUCCGCAUUACUGCAUAAAACGAGAGAUCUGACCUGACCAAUAACUGCAGGAAAUAUGAGAAAAACCGCGAACUUCAUCAUCCUCUUUGUGGCUCUAGCUUCAAGCUUCACCGAACCUCAGGCUGUAACUCUCUACGACUUCCCCAAGUUCGAAAACAUGCAGGCUAAGUUUAUAUGUGACAACAGUGUGCUGAAUCUCAGCUGCGAUGCCUCCUCUGUUAUCGACGUAAAGUCAGUCUACUACGGACGAGCGUCAUCCGUGAUAUGCGCAAAGGGGAGAAACGCUGACCAGGGAUGCGAUCUCGUUGACCAAAAGAAACGUGUGCGUCAAAAAUGCAAUAACAGCCAGACAUGUACGAUCAAUCCGCCCUUCUCGGACUUCUUUGGCUACGACCAGUGCCCUACAAUUGAUAAAUAUAUCAAUAUUAUCUACGGGUGCGUGUCCAACCCAGAUGUGGAGUUUCCGAAGUCAACACUUCCUACAACAAUGCCAUCAACACCCUCUCCAACAAUACCUAACAUCACUUCAGCUACACCUAACGCAACACAGGCAACCAACACGCAAGUACCACGGAAACCAUUCCUUACGGAAGCCAUGAGGACGGAGGACACAGGGACCCCCAAAGCCGUCCCAACUUUUAACCCUGAUGCGCCUGGAUUGGGUUUCCUGUUUAAGAACGGGUCGCGUGGAAGCCUGGGAAAGAGAUGGCUCGAAGUGCUGUUUGUCGUGCUACUGUCCGCGUUUGCUCUUUUGUAAUGUCAACCUAAGAUCAGAAGUAACAUACUGUGGGUCUAACACAGAUAGCCCAAUUAUCCGGGAUAUAGAAUGAGAGUCAUGACGCAGUCGUGUUUGUAUUCGUAACAAAACCAAGCAUCAAAACAAAACAAUGUGACGACAAAAAUACGAUGAUAUACCAGUGUUUGGCACAUGAGCGAUAUAAAUCACUUGAUUGGACGCAAGUUGCUAACACGGUCUAAUAAUUCAAAGGCAAAAAGUGAUCACUCUGACGUCUAAAGGUAAAAACUUCCUUAAAGUGGAAAUUUACAAAGCGUCUACACCAUAGUGCAGAUACGACUACAACUAAUCACACGGUAGCCCUGUGCUCAAAGUACAGUAGAUGUAAUCACACGGUAGCCCUGUGCUCAAAGUACAGUAGAUGUAAUCACACGGUAGCCCUGUGCUCAAAGUACAGUAGAUGUACCGUAAUUGGCAGCACAGGACCUCGAUUUCAAGUUUUUCUUGCGAAGCCGUGAGCACCUGUAUUGGUGUUCUCCGAUCACGUGACUAUUGCUUAUCAUUGGUGUGUUAAACAAAGACCCGCACUAUAAAAGGGUUGGACCAGGUCCACGAAAGGCUCAUUUGUCAGUAAACUGCUACGCGGUGCGGAGAGUUCAGCCAAGCGUGUCUUGUUUGCCCACGAGGAGCGAAACCCAAACUCAACUUUUGAAGCGCUUUCCUUCUCGUUGGCUCGGUUUAUUUUCUCUUUGCUACUAACAAUGAAUAACCCACCAAAAGAGCAGGCGUUUGCAGUAAAAAUCAGUUCAAAUUACUAACGAUAACCCAACUAAAUGAUCUCAAAACCAACGCAAAGUUACGGGUGUUGUCAUCUUGAAGUUUGAAUUUUAUUUAGCCGAAAGGGGGCGAAGCUAAGCCCUUUUAUAGUGCAGGUCCUUGUUUAACAUUCGCAAUAUUGCUUAAUUAUAUAUUAUGCAACUUUUUAGGGGCUAAGUGAGAAAGGUGUAGUGGGGAGAGGGGGGUGUGGGAGGGAGGUGCGCGAUCUUACUCGAUUUACAUGAACAAACGAUGAUUAGUUGGGCGUGUUAGGAGGAUAUGGGGUAAACCUUUACCAGCCCCUACCUACGUACCAGCCCAUUUUCACGUUUUCUUGCCGGCAACGAUUUUUACGUGGUGUCGACAGGAUAAACUACAAUAUACCAAUAAUAAUAAGUAAAGAGUAAUUAGAACAGUGCAAUUAGAACAGUGAUGGGAAUGGGAUGGUAAGGUAAUAUUUUUAAUGCAAAAUUAAUUCUUGAGGAAUGGUGGUUUGUAUUUAUAUAUAUACAUAUAUAUUUUUUUGUUAUCA